AUGAAUUUAAUUGGCGCCUUGUUAACGCUCGCCGCCGCCUGCUCGCAAUGUGGAUUAAUCGCUGCGGAUAUAUCGCUGAAGCCGCCGAAUCGGUUCGAGGAGAGCAGCUAUGGCAAUUCGGGCUAUCAGAUCUUCGAGGUGCACAAUCAUUACGAGGGCAAGGCUCGUGCGUCGUAUCUGCCGCCCGCGCAGCCCAGCCACGAGGAGAUACACAUACAUCAGCAGGCGCCACAGCAACAUGCUGCCAGUGCAACGGCAACAGCUGCCGACGAUGACAACCUGGAUGUAUCGUAUCUGAGCUUUGCCGAUGACGAUGGCCAUUUGCAGGCAACUGUUGCCCGACCAUUGCCGGUGGCAACUGUUGCCCGGCCAUUGCCGGUGGCAACUGUUGCCCGGCCAUUGCCGGUGGCAACUGUUGCCCGGCCAUUGCCGGUGGCAGCGACUGCAGCUGCUUCGGUGCCGUUUCCCUCCAGCUAUCAGCAUGAUUUUCAACGCAAGCAGACGCAACAGCAGGCUGUGGCUUAUAGCGCGCAGCCCUAUUUGCCGCCCACUGCUGCCACGCCCAGCAUACAACAGCAGCAGGUAUAUCAAUCCACAGGCAGCGGCAGCUUGAGCUCCGUGUUAAGCUCAACGGCACCGCAGGUAUUCUCCGAGCCACCAGCAAGCUAUCAGGCGCCUGACUAUUUGCCACCCACCGCCAGCAGCUUGGAGCAACAGCAGCAACAGCUCGUCCCCAAUCCUGUCUAUAGGGCCAACGAUUACUUGCCGCCCACAGCAGCAACAGCUGGCAGCUAUGCACAGCAGCAACAACUGCAGCAACAGCAACAACAGCAACAGGUGUAUCGUGCACCGCCCUAUUUGCCACCCAUCAGCAGCAACAGCAUUGCCAGCAGCAGCAACAGCAUUGCCAGCAGCAGCAGCAUCGCCAGCGGCAACUCGCUGCAAUCAAAUUACCGUGCGCCUGGCUACCUGCCACCUGGCUAUGACUUUGCCAAUCCAGAAAUUUCGCAGCAACAGCAGCUGCCAGCAACGCAGCAACUCGCACAAACUGUGCCGCAAGCAACACUGCCACUGCCAACGGCGACAACAGCUGAAUAUCAUGCUCCUGGCUAUUUGCCGCCUGGCUAUGACUUCAACAAUCCCAAUCAAUUACCAUUGGAUCAAAUCAUAGAACAGCCACAGCUGCCAGCACAGACAGUUGCUGCCGUGCAGCCAGCAACAGUUGGUGAGUAUAGUGCACCAGACUAUUUGCCGCCUAACUACGAUGGGGCCAAGACACAGCCACAGCAACAGGGCAAUCACAAUUAUCAGGUAUCGCAGCAGCAGCAACAGCAACAAUUGCAGCUGCAGCAGCAGCAGCAACCGUUGCAACAGCAACAACAGCUCAGCCAUCCUGGCGCGCUGCCAGAGGGUUAUGAGUUUAGCAAGCCCGAAAACUUUGAGGCCGCCAUUGCCGAGCUGCACAGCCUGCAAACGCAAACGAAAUUGCUCAAACAGCAGCAGCAACAGCAGCAGCAGCAACAGCAGCAGCAGCAACAGCAGCAGCAGCAACAGCAGCAACAGCAGCAGCAGCAAUUGCAGCUGCAACAGCAACAGCAACAACGGCAACAGCAAGUGCAGCCACGACGUCAGGCUGUCCAACCUGGCUCUAAUAUAAUUUACGGCGUGCCCAAGCAGCAGCAGCAACAGGUAAGGACAACAGCAACUGCAAGCAGCACGCUGGCAGCAGCAACAACAACAGCUUAUCGGGCGCCCGCUGUAAUUGCCGCCCCACUGCCCGCUCCGCCCACACAGCACACACACAUACACGCGCUGAGCAGCUAUAUGAACACAGUACAGCCGUAUGCACGCUACGGACAGCCACAGCAGCAGCAUGCACAGCAGCAGCAUGUGCAGCAGCAGCAAUUUGUCCAGGUGGCGCCAAUGUACCGUGAGCAAUCGAAGCGUCCGCUCUUCUAUGCGCCAGCCAUGCCCUACGCUCGCAAUGCACUGCCCACGCAGUACCAUCAGCACCAUCACAUACAUCACCAGCAGCAGCAGCAACAGCAGCAGCAGCAACCGCUGCAGCUGCCACGGCCUGCGCUCAGCCUGCAGGCGCAACAGUCGCUGCAAAAGUUCAUGCCACGCGAAAUGCAAUUGGCCGUCAAUGUGGCUGUUGCUGCUGCCGCGCCUGUUGCACGUGGCAGCUCCAAAGUGCGCACCGUACAAAUUGUGAAGCCGCAUGCGGUGCGCACAUUCAAAGUGCUCGAAACACUCGAUGCUGCCGGCGUGAAGACCAUCAAGAUACUGGGCACCAGCAAUGAGCAGCCGCGCGGCCAGCAUCAUGUUGUCAAGGUGGUCACGCAGGAUGAACACAAUGUGGAGAAUCACGUGCAGACGGUAAAAAUCUACGAUGAUCAGCAGGAGUAUCAACAGCAGCAGCAGCAGCCACAGCGCCAGCCCCAGCCCCAGCCCCAGCAGCAGUCGGUGGCGCCUCACGGUUACCUGCCACCCUUGGCUGUGGCCAGGCCACGUGAGCGCGUUGUGCGCCAGACGAGGCCGCUGCGUCUGCUGCCCGUGCCCAGGCAUUGA